AUGUCACCCUUAUACGCGCCACAGGCGUAUGAAGAAGUUAUUGUACCUCCCGCAAAGGCCGUUCCUCCGCGCCAAGCAGAGAGGCUUAUUGCGGUAAGCGAACUAGAUCCUCUUGCUAAAGGAUCCUUCUCUGGCUAUACAACUCUGAACAGGAUCCAGUCCAUUGUGUAUCCCACUGCUUACAGGUCAAAUGAGAAUAUGCUCGUAUGCGCUCCCACUGGCGCUGGCAAAACGGAUGUUGCGAUGUUGACAAUCCUCCGUGUCCUAAGUCAACACCGGUCUUCGGCGUCGACUUCGUGCUCUAUGGCCGCGUCUAUCUUGAAGAACGAGUUCAAAAUAAUUUAUGUUGCACCGAUGAAAGCAUUGGCAUCCGAGAUUGUCCGGAAACUAGGAAAACGCUUGCAAUGGCUAUCAAUAAGAAAAGUGAAACUUCUUGUCAUCGACGAAGUGCAUUUACUCAACGACGAUCGCGGCGCUGUUAUAGAGACGAUCGUCGCGCGCACUCUGCGACAAGUCGAGUCGAGUCAAUCUGUGAUCCGGAUUGUUGGUCUCAGCGCCACGCUACCCAAUUAUCUGGACGUUGCAGAGUUUCUCAGUGUUAAUCGGCAUAGUGGCCUUUUUUACUUCGACUCCUCGUUCAGACCUGUGCCUCUGGAGCAGCACUUCAUCGGAAUUAGAGGGAAGGCAAAUAGUUCUCAAGCUCGCAAGAAUCUCGACCGCGUGACUUUUGACAAAGUCUCUGAAUUAGUUCACGAAGGACACCAGGUUAUGGUCUUUGUCCAUGCCAGAAAGGAGACAGUUAAGACUGCCCUGGCUCUCAAAGAGGCAGCAAUGAUGGAGGGUCUUCUUGACGAGUUCAGCUGUGAAGAUCAUCCGUCUUAUCCCUUCUUCCGUCGAGACAUUUCGCAAUCCAGGAAUAAGGAAAUGAAAGAACUAUUCGACAACGGAUUCGGCAUCCAUCAUGCAGGUAUGUUGAGAACUGACAGAAACAUGAUGGAACGAAUGUUCGAAGCGCGAGCAAUCAAAGUGUUAUGUUGCACUGCCACAUUAGCCUGGGGUGUUAAUCUGCCUGCUCAUGCUGUAAUCAUUAAGGGAACCGAGGUAUAUGACAGCGCUAAGGGGUCCUUCGUGGAUCUUUCAGUUCUUGAUGUUCUGCAAGUUUUUGGACGAGCAGGUAGACCUGGCUUAGAGACUAGUGGUGUAGGCUUCAUCUGUACCCCGCAAGAUAAGCUCUCCCACUACCUAGAUGCGGUUACUUCUCAGAAUCCUAUAGAAUCCAGAUUCAUUACGGGCAUGACCGAUGCACUGAACGCUGAAAUAUCGCUAGGCACUGUCGCAAAUGUUGGCGACGCCGUUCAAUGGGUGGGAUACACCUAUUUGUUCGUGCGUAUGCGUAAGAACCCAUUUCAAUAUGGCUUGACUCGUGAAGAAGUUGCAAAUGACCUCCCCCUACGUCGCAAGCGCAGUCAACUUGUGACGGAUGCCGCGCGAAAACUCGCAGAGGCCAGAAUGAUAAUAUUUGACGAUCACAGUGGUGCCUUCACGAUCACUGACCUGGGCCGGAUAGCUGCCAAGUACUACAUCAGAUACGCCUCCAUAGAGAUAUUCCAGGUAAAAUUCCAGCCGAGGAUGUCCGAGGCAGAUGUAUUGGACAUGCUUAGUAUGAGUACAGAGUUCGACCAAAUCCAAGUCCGUGAGACAGAAGUCAAGGAGCUCGAGCUAUUCCGGAAAAACGUUCCGUGUAAUGUGAAGGGUACCAGCAAGGAUAAAAGUAUGAUUACCGGCAAGGACGAAAGUACGGUUACCAGCAAGGAUAAAAUUAACAUUCUAUUGCAAAGCUACAUCUCUAGGUUCCGCCCGGAGGACUUUGCUUUGGUAUCCGAUCAAGCCUAUGUAGCGCAGAACGGUGGCCGAAUCGUACGAGCGCUAUUGGAAAUAGCUAUCAGUCGCAAAUGGGCCAACGUCAGCGCCGUGCUUAUGGGAAUGAGCAAAGCAAUCGAAAAACGCUUAUGGCCGUUCGAUCAUCCCUUGAAGCAAUUUAGUCUCAAACAGGAUGUCUUAUACAACCUUGAGCGAUGGGCUGAUAAUUAUAGCGUGGCUGAACUGGCAGCAACGAGUGCCAAUCAAUUAGGCGAGCUUGUACGGUUGAAUGAACACCACGGGUCCGCAAUCCGCGAUGCAGCCAAACAAUUCCCUACCUUCGAGAUCACAUAUCUCCUGCGACCUCUGGGCUCCGAUGUCCUUAAGAUUGCAGUUCGCUUAAGCCGCCAAUUUAAUUGGAGCUCGAAGGUACAUGGUUCUGUCGAGCCAUUUUGGGUAUGGAUCGAGGACCACAAAGGUCUUACUAUCCUACAGCUCGCUCACCUCGUCUUCAGACAAGCAACUGACUUUCUGGACAUCGACUUCAUCAUUUCCAUACCUAAUGGAAAACCUCCACCAUCAGUCACCGUUCGACUUGUCUCCGACAAGUGGAUGGGAGCUGAAGACGAAGUCGGUAUACCAUUCGAUGAACUAAUUAUGCCAACAUCAUCCGACUGUCACACGCCUCGUCUUGACUUACCCUUCCUGCUGCCUUCAGCUCUGCACCAGCCUAUUCUCGAGGAAAUAUUUUCAAAGCGCAUUCACGCAUUAAAUUCACUGCAGACUCAGGCCUUUUGGAGUUUUAUGAGGACUCGGAUGCACGCAUUGCUUUGUGCGCCUACAGGAUCCGGGAAGUCCACGCUAGCCUACUUUGCAAUCUGGGAAACCCUGCAAAGCACAACGAAUGGCUGGGUACUCGUUAUCGUGUCCUGCUAUAGCGCUGCAGCUGAGACAGCCGCCCAACUACGCCAGGUUUCCAAGUUCUUGGACGUUGCUGUGGAUGUUGUCACAGGCGACUCGCUCUUACGUCCAUUUCCUGGGAAGGCCAUUCGUAUAGCGACCCCGGAUGCUUUGUUGGCUGCUAUGUCGCGCCGGAGCAGCAAGCAGGAGCCAUUGGCGGCCCUCAGGCUUGCCUUGUGCGAGGACCUACAGCUGUUGGAUGCAACUUAUGAGCUUGGCAUUUCCUUGCUACUCCAUGCGACUCAGACGUAUCCUACCCGGUUCAUCGGAGUUUCUAGCUCCCUUAAUGACCCCUCAGACCUUGCGGCGUGGCUCAAUGUGGACCCCAUUGGGUUGCAUAGUUUCCGUCCCAGUGACCGCGAUCAGUCAUUGACAACAGAUGCAUUGACGUUCACUAUUCCACAAUCACCCGCGCUCCUCAAAGCCAUGGCCAAGCCCGUUCACUCAGCCAUUAAACGAACACCUGACGAACCAUCUAUCGUGUUUGUGCCCUCUCGUACUCAAUGCCGAUCAGUCGCGUUGGACCUCCUCACGCAGUGCGCUCUUGAGACGGAGACGGCGAGAGGGUAUUUGCCUGUCGAUGUCCUCCCGGAUCAAAUCGAACUCUAUCUGGGCAGGCUGCAUGAUCGAGAACUUGUGGAUAUCGUGAAUCGAGGCAUUGGAUUCUUCCACGGAGGUAUGACCAAGGCGGAUCGUACUCUAAUUCUAGAGUUGUACCUCGAAGGCCUCGUGCGCGUCCUCAUUGUUCCCCGAGACUCUUGCUGGAUAGUGCCAGUACGAGCAGCGACUGUCGUGGUCAUGGGCACGCAGUAUCUCCAUGUCACGGAGAAGGAACGACAGUUGCGGGAUUAUGGUCUCGAAGAACUCGUCCGGAUGCAAGGCUUGGCAGUUCGUCACAACGGCGCCGGUCAUUUCCAUCUGUUCUGCCAAGCUGAGAGCAAGGAUACGGCCAUUCGCUUCCUGAAUGACGGCCUUCCCCUCGAAUCAAAAUUGUUGGAUACAGAUAUCUUGCGUCAAUGGUAUCGCGAUCGCAGAGAGGAUGGAACCAUCUCCAACAAGCAGCAAGCAGUGGACAUGCUGUCAUUCACAUUCCUCGCGCGGCGGCUGAGCAGCAAUCCAGUCUACUAUGAUGGAUCUGCCACAUCUAUCAACGAACUGCUUUCGCGUAUAGUAGAUUCUUUCGAUGUCGAUGUAUAG